UUUAGGCUUUCUGUUCUGCAUCCUGAGCCCAGGUUUCUGUGCUAUGGAGAAGCUGAAAACAAACCACAGGGAGACCGCUGAGAACCCUGAAAGCCAGGAGAUGGAACUGUUAACAUUCAGGGAUGUAGCCAUUGAUUUUACUGAAGAGGAGUGGGAAUGCCUUCAGCCUGCUCAGAAAAAUUUAUAUAGAGAUGUGAUGUUAGAGAACUAUAGAAACUUGGCCUUCCUGGCCAUGACUUCUAAUCACACCCAAGAAUAUUCACCAGAAAAGGGCCUAAAACAUAUAUUUCAUGAAGUGAUAAGUGCAAAAUAUAGAAGUUGUGAUCUUGACUAUUUACAACAAAAGAAAAUAUGGAAAACUACAAGUGAGAGUGAACACCAGAAAUCAUAUAAAAAAUCAGGCCUUGUUCACCACCAGAGAAUUUAUACUGGAGAGAAGUCCUACAAAUAUGAAAAAUGUUGCAAAGCUUUUAGUAAAAUAAAAGGUCUUAUUUACCACAGAGGAACCCACAAUGGAGAGAAGCUCUACAAAUGUAAAGAAUGUGGCAAAGCUUUUGGUCAAAAAUCACACCUUAAUUGCCACAUCAGAACUCACACUGGAGAGAAGCCCUACAAAUGUACAGAAUGUGGCAAAGCUUUUAGUCUAAAAUCAAUCCUAAUUUGCCACAGCAGAACUCACUCUGGAGAGAAGCCCUACAAAUGUAAAAAAUCUGGCAAAGCUUUUGGUCGAAAAUCAAACCUUGUUAACCACAGCAGAACUCACAGUGGAGAGAAGCCCUACAAAUGUAAAGAAUGUGGCAAAGCUUUCAGUCAAAAAGAAGGCCUUAUUUACCACAGCAGAAGUCACACUGGGGAGAUGUCCUACAAAUGUAAAGAUUGUGGCAAAGCUUUUCAUCACAAAUCACACCUUGUUAACCACAGCAGAACUCACACUGGAGAGAAGCCCUAUAAAUGUAAAGAUUGUGGCAAAGCUUUUGGUCAAAAAUCAUACCUUAUUUACCACAGCAGAAUUCACACUGGAGAGAAGCCCUACAAAUGUACAGAAUGUGGCAAAGCUUUUGGUCACAAAUCACAUCUUAUUUGCCACAGCAGAACCCACACUGGAGAGAAGCCCUACAAAUGUACAGAAUGUGGCAAAGCUUUUGGUCACAAAUCACACCUUGUUAACCACAGCAGAACUCACAGUGGAGAGAAGCCCUACAAAUGUACAGAAUGUGGCAAAGCUUUUGGUCAAAAAAUAGGCCUUAUUUGCCACAACAGAACUCACUGGAGAGAAGCCCUGCAAAUGUAAAGAAUGUGGCAAAGCUUUUACUCAGAAAACAGGCUUUAUUUGCCACAGCAGAACUCACACUAGAGAGAAGCCUUACAAAUGCAAAGAAUGUGGCAAAGCGUUCAGUCAAAAAUCACACCUUAUUUGCCACAACAGAACUCACACUGGAGAGAAGCCUUACAAAUAUAAGGAAUGUGGCAAAGCUUUUAGCAAUAAAACAGGCCUUAUUCACCACAACAGAACUAACACUGAAGAAUAACCCUACAAAUGUAAAUAAUGUGGCAACACUUUUAAUAAAAAAUAAAACUUUAUUCACCACAACAGAA